AUGAGAAUCCCGGGCUCAAAGACAGAGCCGGAACCGGUGCCCGCGCUGACAGCCGACUUUGCCAACUCGGAGAACAAGGGGCUCCAGAUGGGCCAGAAUUACGGACACAUGGAGGCCUCAUUCUACAGUGAUGCAAUUCAAGGCAUCAACAUUGCCGCUGGCGCAUCUGUGUAUAUGGGCGAGCGAAAAACCGCGGAAGACAAACUCCUUGACGCCCUCAUUGGUCGUGACCCAGAAGACAGAAAAGACCUCCGUGAUGCUGAGCCCGGAACAUGCGAAUGGCUCUUGGACAGUGCGCCGUUUCAGCAAUGGAUCGAGAAGAACCCCGCUGAAACAGGCCCGCUAUAUGUUGCAGGCAUCCCCGAAGUGGCAAGGCAGAAGCGUCCGCUUCUCUCACUGGGCCCUACCGGGAAAACAAUGGCGGCUACCUGCUUUUGUGAUGACAGAAAUGACCAUCGGCAAACCCCUAUCUGGAUCUUGAGGACGUUGAUGUACCGCCUGUUCAACCAGAAUCGGAGUUUGGUGAAACACUUGCAGAAACAUAUCCAAAAGGUCGAAGACUUGGAUGCCACAGGAUCCGACCCGGUCGAAUUCCAGUCCAAGGAUGUUUUACAAAAAAUUCUGGAAGAACUGAUUCCAGAUCCAGAAGUGGAAGUUGUCUACUUUAUUAACGAUGUUGUGUUCUUGAUCAAGGAGCUCACUAAAAGCAUCAACGAUGAAGCCGUAAAGCAAGGCGAGCAGUUCAGUUUGCGCUUCAUUAUCUCUGAUCGAGGAAGUAGCAUUGUCCGCAAUGUAUUGCGUCCCGAAUAUAUCAUCGACAUGCCCACAGACAACCAACCGGAUAUUGAACAAGUCACCGACAAGUCCCUCAAGUGCAUUCAGGAGUACCGGGGCUUCUCCGAUUCUAUACUGCAUUUCACCACCAGCUUGCUAAAGAAAAACUCCAAAGGCAUGUUCAUGUGGCUAUCGCUAAUUCUGGGUGAUCUGCGCAGUUGGGAUGGAACUUGGUCAGAGAGAAAGAUUGAACACAAGCUCCAUAGCAUCCCCCUCGAUGUGGCAGCCUUUUACAAGGCAAUGUUGGAGACACAAUCGCUGGACUGCAGACUAAAGUUACAAUCAUUGUUGAUGUGGGUCUAUCUAGCCGGUCGGCCCUUGGCCUUGGAGGAGCUGAACGUCGUGCUUCAGCUCCAGGAAAAAGGAAAAUCUGCUGGAGCUAGAAGCUCAGAAGAUGACGUUGAUCAACUACGGCGCGAUAUCGAAAGCAAGUGGGGUGCCUUAUUAGAGGUCCACGACGGUUUCGUACACCUGAGUCACCAGUCAGUCAAGGACUUUCUGUCGGGUGUCUUCAGUGUAGAAGGUGAAAAGGAAUAUCCAAAGUACGGGUUGACUCCGGAGGAGGCACACCGAAGAAUAGCCUCCGCUUGCAUCGCCUAUCUGCAGAUUCAGGAAGUUCACCGACGUGAAGUACCCAAGCCUCCAGUCGAUAACUGCGGAAUGAUCGAUGAGACUCGGCUUCAAGAAGUCAGAGAUAAAUACCUGGAAGGAUUGCCCCUUCUGCAGUAUGCUGUUGUGUUCGUAGGUCAUCAUCUGCAGAAAGGCAAAAUCCAAGAGGAGACAGAUGUGGAGGGCAUGAAAAGCUUCUUUGCUAUCGAUUCAGCCGCGUUAGCCAGCUGGUCUCCAGCAUACGAUCUCCUGAAGAGAUAUACCUCCGGUAAAUGUAAGUGGUUCUCCGUCAGUAGUAGUCUCGAGAUCCCUGCUUACAUGCUCCUCACAGAUUCUGGACACAGCAGUAGCACGAGCCAUCUAUUCGUUGCAGCACGACUGAAUCUCCCCUGGUUAGCUGAGCGGUCACCAACAUGGGCCACUUACACCUCUCUGCCAUCACACGUCUGGGCCCCUGAUUUGUCUGGAUGGAGCGCUAUCCAUAUUGCGGCCGACUCCGAGUCUGUGGAAAUGGUAGAUUGGCUUUUGAGUAAGGGUGCCUUUGUGGGUGCCACGACUGUCGGGCUUCCGCAUCCUGGCCGAACAGCAUUGCAUCUUGCAGCCUCCAAAAGCUCCGAGAAUGGUCCCAAAAUGGUCCGUUUGCUGCUUGACGCAAGAGCAGAUCCUGGUACUGCGACACGGAGGGGGAAAAACACUCCGCUGCAUUAUGCCAUUGACGGUCGCUCAGUCGAAACCGUGAAGGCUCUGCUAGCAAAGGGUGCAGACCCGAGCGUUGCAAACAGCUCUGGAGUGACUCCCCUUCAUAAGUGUGCGGCCAUUCCCGGCUUGGAAGACAUUAUGCAAGUUCUUCUUGAACAUGGCGCUGAUCCCAACAAAAAAGCAAGUAUUGGUGCCGUUUCAGCGGUCCGUGGAUUGUCAAGCCUUAAGAAUACCAGAGAUCUGUGGCAAUCCUAUUAUACCAUCAAUACUGGCCAUACUGCACUGCACAUUGCCACCGAAGCGAAGAAUACGGAGCAGACAGUGAAAAUCCUCUUGGAGCACGGCGCGGACCCCAAUUCCCGAGAUAGUGCGGGACGAAGUCCGCUGCAUAUUGCUGUGGUCAAAAUGCAACCCGAAGCCAUGACCAAGAUGUUGAUCGAGCAUGGCUCCAAACCAAACGCACAAGACUCCUAUGGAAAAACACCCCUUUCCAUGCUUUUGACAACAUUUGCACUGCAGGCGGAGCAGCAGCCGGAGAUGUUCAAGACUAUACAGGCUUCCAGAGAGCGAAUGAUUGAGAUCCUGCUGUCUGCGGGGGCAGACCCACGUGCCGAAGGGAAAGACAAGCAGACCCCAAUCACACUAGCUGAACAGGCGAACCUACAAUGGGCUGUUGAUUUGAUGAAUGGGAAGCAGCAAAACCGAGACGAUCAUGGACAUGCAGAUGAAACUAGUGGGUGGGGGGAGCAUGCCGAGCACGCGGCUGAGGCUGCAAAGGGAAUGCUUGAGCGCGAGGCAUCACGGUGGCUUCCGAAGAGGCUUUUCUGA